GAAAUGAAGGGUAUCACUGCAAAAUGAGUGGCAAUACUAAAACCCUUGAAACCCUAGCCUCGACCCUCGCCCUCUUCCCGAUCACGGGUGAUCGCCUCAUUGGAAUUUCAGUCGCCGUCCGCUAGCAACCAGCCAGGUUGUAGACUAUGGCAGACGAUGCUGAUGCAGGAAAGAAAGAGGAGGACGAGUUCAACUCUGGUCCUCUAUCUGUUUUGAUGAUGAGUGUCAAACAAAAUACUCAGGUACUUAUUAAUUGCCGAAACAAUCGGAAGCUUCUUGGACGUGUCAGAGCCUUCGAUCGUCAUUGCAACAUGGUUCUAGAAAAUGUCAGGGAGAUGUGGACCGAGGUUCCAAAAACUGGUAAAGGCAAGAAGAAAGCAUUACCUGUGAACAAGGACAGGUUCAUCAGCAAGAUGUUCCUCCGUGGCGACUCCGUUAUAAUUGUUCUUAGAAAUCCCAAGUGAGGAAUGAGCUUUUUAUCUUUAUCUCCAUACCUUUUUCUGUCUGGAAACUUAGUGGAAGACCUUUUAACGACUAAUUGUUCCUGCAUUGAGUGCUUCAGAAGAUAUAUCAGUGAAUCUUCACAAUAUAUAUGUAAUGUGGAUUAGUUUUCUGAUUUACAUAUCUUUUGGCGCCUAAUACCGUAUAGUUUUGGUUAUAUGUAUUUUUUUAUGGAUAAUUCAACUUUCUGCACUUUUGAGGACAUUUCUAAACUAUGUUUCCUUCUUUGUUUCGUUUUGCUUCAAUGGAAGAUGUGGAUUUUGUCUUUUGUUUUA